AUGGGGCCACGUGGAAGUACUGUGAAACGAAUUGAAAGAGCUACCAACUGCAAGAUUAUUGUCAGUGCAUGUUCAAGGCAUAAAUUACGAUGGAGACGAGACAAAGGUCAGUUUUAUCUCGAGAGUCAUCCAUGUGUGCUAAUUAAAGCAGAUGGCCGAGAGAAAGAUGCUGAGACGAAAAUUCGAUGUGCCGAAGAGAAAAUCAGAAAGUUAUUAAAUCCUCCGCUUCAUCACUACGAUAAAUUUAAAGCUAAGCAGUUGAGAGAACUAGCCAUGUUCCGAGGAACUUAUACUUCAAGGAGAUCGCGUAGAACUUUACUUGGAAGCGCCGUAAGUACGAACCUGGACUACGCACCACUGUCAGGAAUGGCCAGAAUGGUUGGCAACCAGCAGAUCAAGGCAGAAAGUUUUCAGAAGCAAAUUUUCUAG